UGUCAGUGAGGGCGUGUAUGUCUGUGUGUCUGAGGAGAGAGAGCGAGAGUGAGUGAGUGAGUGUGAGUGCGGGAUAGGGUGGUGGCCGUUACGUUCGGGGCAACGGCUCCGGCAGAGGAGAAGUAAGAAGAGAAACAACGUCCGCCGCUUCCGCCUUCACCUAGGAGGAGGAGGAGCUGGUAGGAAAACGAAAGCGAUUCGCGCUGGGCCCGGACUAGACCGAGUUGGGCCGGUGGGGGUCUGGGCUAUGAGCCUUUGAGGGUCGCUUGGGACGCGGAACGAGACUCGAGAGCCGAGAGCUAUGUCUCAGCCGCCGCCGCCGCCUCCGCUGCCGCCGCCACCUCCUCCCCCUGAGGCACCGCACACCUCGUCGUCCCUGUCGGCGACUGCUCCGGGGAUGCUCUCGAAGCGGAGAGACCGAAGAAUCCUCUCCGGGAGCUGCCCAGAUCCCAAGUGCCAGGCGCGUCUGUUCUUCCCGGCCUCCGGUUCUGUCAGCAUCGAGUGUACCGAGUGCGGACAGCGGCACGAGCAACAGCAGCUGCUGGGGGUGGAGGAGGUGACCGACCCGGACGUGGUGCUACACAACCUGCUGCGGAACGCGCUGCUGGGGGUUACCGGGGCGCCCAAGAAGACCACGGAACUGGUAAAGGUGAUGGGCCUUUCCAACUACCACUGCAAAUUGUUGUCGCCCAUUUUAGCUCGCUAUGGAAUGGAUAAACAGACAGGCCGGGCUAAGCUUCUCCGGGACAUGAACCAAGGCGAACUGUUCGAUUGCGCUUUACUGGGUGACCGCGCCUUCCUCAUCGAACCAGAGCAUGUGAACACGGUGGGCUAUGGCAAGGACCGCUCCGGAAGCCUCCUGUAUUUGCAUGACACCCUUGAGGACAUCAAGCGGGCCAAUAAAAGUCAGGAAUGUCUCACUCCAGUGCAUGUGGACGGGGAUGGACACUGCCUAGUGCAUGCUGUGUCCCGGGCUCUAGUGGGCCGGGAGCUCUUCUGGCAUGCCCUGAGAGAGAAUCUGAAACAGCACUUUCAGCAGCACCUGCCCAGAUACCAAGCCCUGUUCCAUGACUUCAUUGAUGCUGCUGAGUGGGAAGACAUUAUCAAUGAGUGUGACCCUUUGUUUGUACCGCCUGAGGGUGUUCCUUUGGGCCUGAGGAACAUCCACAUAUUUGGUCUUGCCAAUGUGUUACAUCGCCCUAUUAUUCUGUUAGAUUCUCUCAGUGGCAUGAGAAGCUCUGGUGAUUAUUCAGCCACUUUUCUGCCUGGGCUCAUCCCUGCAGAGAAGUGCACUGGGAAAGAUGGUCAUUUGAACAAACCAAUUUGUAUUGCAUGGAGUAGCUCUGGUAGAAACCAUUAUAUCCCCUUGGUAGGCAUAAAAGGGGCUGCUUUGCCCAAACUGCCUAUGAAUUUGCUUCCUAAAGCAUGGGGUGUGCCUCAGGACCUUAUUAAAAAGUACAUCAAACUUGAGGAGGAUGGUGGUUGUGUUAUUGGAGGAGACAGAAGUCUGCAGGAUAAAUACUUACUUAGGCUUGUUGCUGCUAUGGAAGAAGUCUUUAUGGACAAACAUGGUAUCCACCCCAGUUUGGUUGCUGAUGUUCAUCAAUAUUUCUACAGGAGGACUGGGGUGAUAGGAGUUCAGCCUGAAGAAGUCACAGCAGCUGCUAAAAAAGCAGUAAUGGAUAAUCGCCUUCACAAAUGUUUGCUCUGUGGUGCCCUUUCUGAACUUCAUGUUCCUUCAGAGUGGUUGGUUCCAGGAGGGAAACUGUAUAACCUGGCAAAAAGUACUCAUGGACAGCUGAGGCCUGACAAAAAUUAUAGUUUUCCCUUGAACAGUGUGGUUUGCUCAUAUGAUUCAGUGAAAGAUGUUCUGGUACCAGACUAUGGACUAAGUAGCCUACCAGCUUGUAAUUGGUGUCAUGGCACAUCUGUACGAAGGGUCAGAGGAGAUGGGUCUCUUGUGUAUUUGGAUGGGGACAGAACUAAUUCGAGAUCCACUGGUGGCAAGUGUGGUUGUGGAUUCAAACAUUUUUGGGAUGGUAAAGAGUAUGACAAUCUACCAGAAGCUUUUCCUAUUACUUUGGAAUGGGGUGGCAGAGUGGUCAGAGAAACAGUAUAUUGGUUCCAGUAUGAAAGUGAUUCAUCUUUGAAUAGUAAUGUUUAUGAUGUUGCAAUGAAACUUGUUACCAAGCACUUUCCUGGUGAAUUUGGGAGUGAAAUCUUAGUUCAGAAAGUUGUCCACACUAUCUUGCAUCAGACUGCCAAAAAGAAUCCUGAUGAUUAUACUCCUGUAAAUAUAGAUGGUGCUCAUGCCCAAAUAGCUGAAGAUGUACAAGGACAAGAGUCAGAGUCUCAGCUCCCAACUAAAAUUAUUCUUACUGGACAGAAAACAAAAACUUUGCACAAGGAGGAGUUAAACAUGAGUAAAACCGAAAGAACUAUUCAACAGACUAUUACGGAACAGGCUUCUGUAAUGCAGAAACGGAAAACAGAGAAGUUAAAACAAGAACAAAAAGGGCAGCCCAGGACUGUUUCUCCCAGUGCCGUUCGGGAUGGUCCAUCCUCUGCACCUGCUACCCCUACCAAAUCUCCCUAUUCACCAACAACUUCUAAAGAGAAGAAAAUCCGAAUAACAACUAAUGAUGGACGACAGUCCAUGGUGACACUUAAGUCUUCAACAACCUUUUUUGAACUUCAGGAAAGCAUAGCCAGAGAAUUCAACAUUCCUCCUUAUUUACAGUGUAUUCGAUACGGCUUUCCUCCUAAAGAGUUAAUGCCACCCCAGGCAGGAAUGGAAAAGGAGCCAGUUCCUUUACAGCAUGGUGACAGAAUUACAAUAGAGAUUCUAAAAAGUAAAGCAGAAGGUGGUCAGUCUGCUGCAGCACACUCUGCUCACACUGUGAAACCAGAAGAGAUUGCUGCUACUGGUAAACUGCCAUCUAAGGAACUUCAGGAGCAAGCUGACAAAGAAAUGUACUCCUUGUGUCUUUUAGCAACGUUAAUGGGAGAAGAUGUAUGGUCUUAUGCAAAGGGGCUUCCUCACAUGUUCCAGAAGGGUGGCGUAUUCUACAAUAUUAUGAAGAAAACCAUGGGUAUGGCUGAUGGCAAGCAUUGUACUUUUCCACAUCUACCUGGCAAAACCUUUGUCUAUAAUGCUUCUGAAGAUAGACUGGAGUUGUGUGUGGAUGCUGCAGGACAUUUUCCCAUCGGUCCUGAUGUUGAAGACUUAGUUAAAGAGGCUCCAUUGAAACAUGCCUCCCCAUUUUUAGUUUAAAUACAAGAAAACUUUAACAAGCAAAAUGCACUGCUUCCAGGUAAAUAAUAUAAUCACCUUUUCUUUAACAAAUAUUUUCUUCACCUGUGGCUUAGUAUGUUUAGUUAAUAACUGACAAAUAUAUUCUCAUAGCAUGAAGUAAAAAUAUCAAAUUUUAUCUCCCUAUUAAAUACUUUUAUUUAUUCAAAUUAGAAUGUACCUGUGAACAUUUCAAAGGGUUUAAUCUCUGACAACACAUUAAUUUCUCUCGCCACAGCAAUGCUAUUUAGAAGCCAGUUAGGUAUAAAUAUUAUAAUAGUUUGGGUUCUCCCAUGAUAAAGAAUAAAAGGCUUGAUUCUGAGAAUGAUUAUAUUUCUUAAAAUUAUUUUAAAGCUCCUGAAAAUUGGGGUAAUUAAUGGUUUUUGAGAGGUGAGCCCAGGUAUCAUCUUUACAGAGAAGUUUUAGAACAAUUUCUUUAAGUUCUUAAAUAUCAUUGUUUGUCCUUCCAUAUGGUUAUUAUAAUAAAAUGCAGGACUAAAGAAUGAUUAUUUUUUAGUAUUAUUUGUGAUCACCAUAACUUUGAGUCCAAGCUGGAGAUCAUAAAUCAGUUAAUAUUUUUAGCCCUAGAUGUUACAUAAACUAUAACUAAAUUCUGUUUGCAGUGUUUCACUGAAAGUCAAAGUUUUUCCUUCAGUAAUCCAUUUUAUAGUUAAUCAUACCAAGUUUGAAUUGAUGACCCAAAGUUCAGGUGGAAUUGAAGAUAGUGUAUGUCUAGAAUGCUGGUAAUGAGACACUGGUUGAAAUGGAAGAAAAGCAAGACAACUGCCAAAUAUAAGCUAGAAUAUAAUGAACUCCAAGGGAAUGGUUACUCAGGAACUAGUCUAAGGGCAAGCAUAAGGUCCAUUUCCCCCUCUUUCACUGUGUUUCAGGAUAAUGACCUGAGAAAUUUAGCAAAUUUGCUGCAUAAUUUGAUAAUUUUCUAGUUUGGUUUUACAAUCAAGCCUUUUGCUUGCAAUCUGAAAUGCAUCUGUGAUUUCCAGCCACAGGUCCUUAUUGCCAUUAUUUUUGAGUAUCUUACUUCAUUGGUAAUGAGCAGAUUUUGCAAAUGUCUCAUACCUCAGGGAAGAUCACUUGCUAGCAGCUCAUACUACUAAUGACAGGUUUUUGAGAAUUGUGCUGACAUCACGUUAGCUACUAGAUGCAAAGUUUAUAAAAGUAUUUUAUGUAGUUACUUAGUAAUACUGGCUGUUAGUAAACAUUUCUCUUAAAAAUUUAGACCUCACUAAUAACUAGUCUUUAGAUAUGAAAUAAGCUUGUAACUUCUGUCAUUAUGAUUUGGUCAAUAUAAUACUAUAUAAUAAAAGGCCAAUAUGCAAAUUGUCCCCUUGGGAGUUCGACUGCUCGCUAUGACGUGUG